AUGACGAAGCCUAUCACUCUUUACGGCCACGCUUCCGGGCCAAAUCCGUGGAAGGUCGCCAUCAUCUUGGAGGAGCUCGGAAUCCCAUACACGCAAAAGAUAAUGGACAUGGCCGACCUCAAGAAGCCCCCCUUUGAAAAGAUCAACGUCAACGGCCGCGUGCCCGCCAUCGAGGACCCCAACACGGGCAUCACCCUGUGGGAGUCCGGCGCCAUCAUCGAGUACCUGCAGGAGACGUACGACGCGGCCAACGCGCUGAGCUACGCCGCGCCCGCGCCCGAGCGCUACCUGGUGAAGCAGUGGCUGCACUUCCAGAUGAGCGGCCAGGGCCCCUACUUCGGCCAGGCGGCCUGGUUCAACAAGUUCCACCCCGAGACUGUCCAGAGCGCGAUCGAACGCUACAACGCCCAGGUCACGCGCGUGCUGCAGGUUAUUGACAACCACCUGCGGACUACGGGGAAGGAGUACCUGGUUGGGGAUAAGGUGACCAUCGCCGACUUGGCUUUCGUUACCUGGGAUAUGGUCGUGCCGUGGAUCAUGGGCGACAAAACCCCCAACAUCGAGAAGGACUACCCGCUGUACUUUGCCUGGCACCAGAAGCUGAUGAAGAGACCUGCAGUGGCGAAGGUGGCCAAGGACAAGGAGGCUGCCAUGGCCGCUGGCCACUAG